UGUUAUAAAUAAUAGAUAUGAAAUCGAAUUUGAUAGUAAUCUUAAUGCUUUGGGCAUUUAUGGGCACUACUUCGGCAUCCUGGUUCCCUAUCGAUUCCUCCACUUGGAUAGAUAUAACUCUUGAUCAACCCAACAACAGACUUGUUUACAACGCUAGCGUGAGUCAUGGUCAUUUCUUUGGAACAGGAGUUCAGAACUCUUUUACUGAUGCAGAUAUUUACGGAAUCCAAUGCGCCACAGAUAACGAAGAUCUUGUCAGAUUUUCCAAUUUCGAUGUGUUCUUAUCUCAGAAUGGAGAAGCUCAAAACUAUACUCAACCAGGCUAUGAGGGAGUAAAGCAUAUCAUUUCUGAAAAAACUUGCUCUUCAUCCUUUACUAGACCCCUGAGUUUGGUAAGAGAUGGAAGAAAUCAGACUCUGGAGUAUAAUAGAUACUACAACAUGACAUACGUAUAUGAUGAGCAAUAUUAUGAAGAAAAAGGAUUUGAAAACAGAGGAUUCUUUUACAUGAUAAUUGAUAAGAGAACUGGAGGAGUCAUGAUCUACGAGCAACUCCCACAUGAAGAACUCAUAGAAAUUGAGGAAAUAAGUGCAUAGUGGCUCAAGUUCUUUCUUUUACAAGAUUUA